AUGCAAAAUAAGGAUGAAGAUGAGGCUCCGGGAGGAACAUCCGUUCAAUCGGAAAAUCAUUCAUGGGGUUAUGCUCCUUACCUUAUGGGAAAAGCACAAGCUGUAGUUUGUCCUUUUCCAAGACAACCAGAAUCUGAUAACCAAGAUUCCAAUAAUUCUGAAGAACUCUGUCAAAUCAGAGCCAGGGAAGAUAUGUCUAGUCCCGAGGGUGACAUUCAGAACGAAUCCAUAAUCAUAGUCGAAACCAAACAGCAAGACGAGAGCAUCAUUAACGUAACAAUGGACGAGGGACCAGAGAAACUCCGCCUCCAGGACGAUAGUCUCCUGGACAAACUAGAAUCUUUCCAGAACUAUUCCCUCAGUCAGACAUUUACUUUACACCAGUCCUUCCAAGCCAUACUUAGCGAUAUUAAGCAACAAGAGAUGUUAGCCAGUGGGGUAGAAACACAAGAGACUUCCGGCGAGCAACAGCAAGAUGGUCAGACUGAAACUGCAGUUGAAUCUCAAGCAGAUAGGUCAACUGAUAUUAAGCAAGAAUCACAGAUGGUCACUUCACAAGUACAAGAAAGCAAAAGUGAACUUGAAUAUGCAAAUGAUCCCAAAUACGAGUCGAUAGUGCAGGCUGCUCUCAUGGCCUCAGGGAUUUCCCAGGAUGUAGUCAGUGACGCACCAAUCAAUGCAAAUGUUGAGAAUACCGAAACCCAAAGGAAUCCCAAACGAAAACGCCAACCUUCACCGGAUGUUCGUCCAAUAGCUAUCGUAAAGUCUGAAAGCGUUGAAGAAUCGACCAAAAAGGAUAAUAACAGUGCUCCUCAAGUUUUACCACAUACUGCAUACACCAGGAGUAUCCAAAUACGAUCUGAAACCAACACAGUUCUAAAUUUGACACCAAACCCUCCAGGAGAAGUUACGAAGCAUGAAAUUGCUCCGAGACCUCAAGCUAUAAUCAAGUCUUCACCAGAAACACAGACCUCACAGCUUCAAAGUUGGCAACAAUUUAUGACUAAGUAUCUUCCGAAUCAGAACUCGAUGCCUCCAUGGAUCUCCGUAAAUGGCCAACCAAUCCAAAUUCAACCGAAACAAGGGAACGUUCCACGCGCUCUACCAACGGAAUCCACCGAAAUAAAGGAAACCUCUCAAAUAAAGCAGUCUUCCAUGGAUGAAAACAAUUCUGUUGCCGUCAAGUUGAAGCCGAAAGAUGACAGAAGUAGUGGAAAUCCUACAAACCAAAAUAAGAACUUGUGUCAACCGACGGUCCAGCCGAAAGUUGAGCCCAUCAAUCCAGACGAGCAAUCCAAGGAAACUUCACCAAAGAUGAUACAUAAGGACAUGAUGCCAAAAAUAACGAACUAUGGGGUUUCCCCAAUAUCUGAAUCGACGCCUGUUCUGGAACACCACAAAAGUCGAACAAAACUGUCUCCAUUAUUCCCCAUGUUGCCAGAAACAACUCCAGAGUUCCAGAGGACUCUCAAAAGAGUGGCAUUGUCUGCUUCCCCAAACAACCUUCCCAAUAAUUCUGGCAUAUUGGCAGAAUCAACACCAGAGAAUCACCUACAAAACGCCAGAAGCAAAUUGUCACCGAACAAUUUUCCAGACUUUUCUGGUAGAUUGUCUCCUUUCAAUGAUCCGUUUUUCUUCCCGCCACCCGCUCACCAGAAUCGCCAGACGUCACCAACCAAUUUCCGCCAGAUGUCCCCAACAGGUUAUUUCGGAAUGCAUCAACCAGCUCCAGCACAUCAUGGAAUGGACAUGUACUAUGGAUCACACAAUCCUUAUCCUCCUUUUUAUGGCAGCAUGUACCCGAAUCCAUACCAGAAUCCAAUGCAUCACAACAUGAUGUACCACCAAAACUCAGUGUAUCAACAGCAGUUUCAUCAUCAACAGAUGCCCCCUCCUUUUGGAAUCCCACCAUAUUCCCAACAGAACGCACUAGAAGCAGACGAUAUGCAUAAAAAGGAAUCUGUCAAAACAGACAAACAUCAUGAGCCAUUUGGCCACUCCUUAAACAUCCCUCCAUUUCUUUCCCAGUCGAAAGGACAUAAAAACAAUCCUGAAUCAAGUUCUCAGCAUCAGAGUUCCCAAAACCCACUGAAACAAUCACCACAUCAAAAGCAGAAGCUAGACCAAUCAGACCUUGAAAUCAGUAUUCCACAUGGAGAUUCGCACCAUUCACAAAAUCCAGAACUAACCAAGACCAACACUUCCCAGCAGUUGCAUCACGGACAUCAAUUCAUAACCGCUGGGAAAGGUACACACCAGAAUCCUGAGAAUGAAUCUCAGAAUCCAGAGUCUGCAACCCUGGAUUCGUUUGGUUUAAACCAGGCACCGGUGUCAAUGAAAUUAAUGAUUACACCUCCAGGUAUGAAGAAACAAGAAAAUAUUGCCAAACAAGAAUUUCCAAACUUUAAUAAUCCAAACUUCAGUAAUACAGAACAGAGUCAAGAACAGCAACAUCCAGGGGGUUACCCAAAGAAUUAUUCACACAAUACCAUGCCACAUCCCAACGUUGGCAUCACCAGAUUAUCCCAUCAACCACACCAUGGACUCCAAAAGCCACUCCAAACAAGUCAUAGUGCUGGAAAACCACAGGGUGUAAACCAUGGGCCGCCCCAGAUUCACCAGGGCCCACGACUUGUGAACCAACAUCCACACAUGCCAAACAAUGUUACCAUGUCAAACCAUCAUAUGCACCAUCCUUAUCCGAACCGACCACCCAGCGCCUAUUCAUCAGACAUCCAUUCUUACAGUGCUAACCAAACUAACAAUUCGUCUCAUCUUAGCAACACUUCAACCGAGGAACUAAGCACUACAAGCGAGCACAAGGAAACUACCUCAGAAGAACAAGCUCUAAAUUGUCCACCUCCCAAUAAUAAGAGAAAAGGCAGAAUCAGCUACACAACAAAACAACUGAAUGCUAUGGACAGAGCAUUCGAAGAAGAUCCUUACCCAAAACCUGAUCUACUUGAUCAUCUGUCCGAUGAGCUUCAGAUACCUGUAAGCAAACUAAAGGUGUGGUUUCAGAACAAACGCGCUCGCGCUAGAAAGAGAGGAGAUAAACCAGUUCAGCCACCUUCAGAUAAAUUUAACCAAGUUUACAAGAAUCUAAUGGCUUUCAGAAAACCUAUGAUGAUGCCCGAGCACUCCAUGCCUAAUUAUCAGCAACAUCCUUCCAAAGCACACCCUGCCUUGUCAGCACAUCCACCCGUUUCAACGAUGUCACAUCAUCCAGGAUCACAUCCGUCAGGAUCUGUACAGUCACACCCACCAGGGUCUAUGACUUCACAUCCGUCAGGAUCUGUAACGUCACAUCUACCAGGGUCUAUGACUUCACAUCAGUCAGGAUCUGUACCAUCACAUCCACCGGGGUCUAUGACUUCAAAUCAAUCAGGAUCUGUGCCGUCACAACAACCAGCAUCAUCUCACCCUCGCGGGUCUGUUACGCCACAUCCUCCUGGGUCUGUUACACCACAUCCUCCUGCGUCUAUCACAUCACAAACUUCAUUUUCAGGGAUGCACAACCCUUCAGCUGUGAUGUCACACCCGCCUACUUCAGCACAUCAGACAGAAUCUGCUUCGUCACGCCAUCCAGUGUCGAACAUGUCAUAUCCUUUUUUGUCUGGAAUGUCACAUUCUUCGGUGUCUGGAAUAUCACAUUCUUCAUUGUCUGGAAUCGCGCAUCCCUCAUUGUCUGGAAUGUCGCCUACGUCAUUGUCUGCAAUGCCACAUCCUCCAUUGUCUGGAAUGUCGCAUACGUCCGGGAUGUCAGUACCACAGUGCCACCAUAUGUCUGCUAUUUCUCAUGCUUCGAUGUUACCAAUCCCAAGUCUUCCUACCGAAAAGUAG